AUGACUCCUGAGUUCGUUAAUCCGUUCCCCAAAGCCCACCCCGGUCCCAGUGAUGCCGACCCCCUUACCGACGACGAGCUCUCCCUCCUCUUAGCCAUACCCCGCGCCGCGGAGUCCACUCCCAACUCUACGCUCUUCCGACUUCCACUCGGCCCCCACCCCUCUAUGGGAUUUGUCGAUGCCACUUGCGCCGAAGUCCGCUCUAUUGUUGCACGCUUAGCCAGCACAUGGAAGACCAAGCUGGCAGAGCUUCUGCACAAACCGGACGAGCCGGGCUGUGAGUGGUCGAUCGGGCCAGGGACAACUAUAUGCAUCAUGGUGGAGCCAUCGUUCCAUGGAAUCUUCCAUCUGCUUGCUUUUUGGGCUAUCGGGUGCACGAUUCAGUUUGUAUCGGCUGUGGAUCCCGAGGUGGGAAUUACCCAACUCAACGAAUGUCACUGCAGGGCCAUGAUAUGCUCGGGGCUUAGCGAAAAGCAGAUAGAUAAAUGGAGGAAGGGGUUCGACGGUGCUAUCAUACAACUGCCAGAGCAGGAGCAACCACAUAGGCUUGUACAAGCCGAGAAGCAUGGACAACAUAAUACAUUUUAUCCGUGGCCAACUGCCCAGCGUCCUACUCCGGCGUUCAUCUUGCAAUCAUCAGGCACAACCGUUCUCGUCCCUUUCUAUUGGCCAAGUUUUUAUACUUACUUGGUCAUUACUUUGGCCACCGGUACCCCUAUGGCAUUCGCUUACUUCAUGGAUGUUCUUCGACUCACUGGAAAUAAAAUCGUCGAGUGGGCCCUAGCGCUUGACGUGGGGGCGAUUGGCUGCACUUCGGGAAUGUUUCGACAGAUUCCGGAGGCCAUGCUUGAAACUCAUUCGGAGUUUUUCCGUAGUCUCCUUUCGCUCUCUUUCGGCGGCUCCGCCAUGGACGUUGCUCUAUCACACACACUCGAGAGGCUGAAAAUUCCUGUCACAAACGUAUAUGGGAGUUCUGAACUUGGUAACAUUUUGAUUGCUCGGAAAGCACCUUAUACCCAUCUCACCCCACUCCGUGCGAAACCACCUCCCCUCGUUCGUCCGAUUUCAGAGUACGGCCCCGAUGGAUCGCGUUAUGUCGAGCUUUGGGUCUUGGCUUCAAGUUCUGUUCACAUCACUCAUCACCUUGCGUAUGGCGGGGUACCAAUCAAGCUCGAGCCGUUUCUGGGUGAUGGGCCGCACAAUGGUGAACCCGCCUUCAACCUCGAAGACAUAUUCAAGGAAAUUACUAUCAACAAUGCGUCCGGUUCAGGCUCCGAAACCGUAUACAUCCACGCCGGGCGCCACGGUGACCAACUUCGCCUAACGGGGCUCGGUGUCGCGGACAUUGAUGCUCCCCUAUACGAAGGUCUGUUCACAUCCGAGGCAAAUGCUCGUAUGGUCCAGUUGGAUGGUCGACCUUGGACAGUGGAUGUCGUCGAGUUGUUCGGUACUAAUAUGCCCAGCACGGCUCUGGUCAUCCAACUUCAUCUGGAUCAAGACCAGGACCAUGAUCUGGGUGGAGGUAGUUCGUCGCAGGAACUGCCUAUCAGCGAGCUAUUCGAUGUAGUUGAAAAGAGUGGAUGUGAGAAGGCGUGUAUUAGUUCUGAAUCCGGACAGAUGUCUGGUGCAUGGACCCGGAUCCGAAAGACUCGAGCCCUCCAGGCCUCUACUCUCUUUGAGUAUCACACAUAA